AUGUCUACUAAUUGUCAGUCUGAGCAUGGAGAUGUUAGUAGUGACGAUGAACAAGAAAUAAUGAGAAGGAAUUGGAAAAAAAACAUCUCUACAAUUAAAAAGACGGCAUUUAGGGAAGGAGCUACAUCUACAGAUAUCGAAUCUGAUGUGAUGUUCCAAAUGGGAUUCGAUAACGGGUAUAAAGAUGGAUUCAAAGAUGGUUAUACAAAUGGGUCUUACAAGAGUACUAUGAUGUUGUUAAAUAAAUUUAAUUUUUCGGAAGACUGUGAAGAAAAAUGA